AUGCCUGAAAUGUUUACCCCUGGAGAACUCUUGGAGAAACAAUUUCUUGCUGAUGCGCCUCCACGUUUUCCGGACGUUUAUAUGCAAUUUGACGUGGAUUUUCUCAAAGAGGAAAAUCAAUAUUUAUACAAAGUUACGAUCAAACUACACCACUGUGAGAUGCAAGAUACUGUACAUUGGGUCAAGCCAGAACCACCGGUGCGGGUCAUCUACUAUACAGAUGAGGAAUCAACACGAACUGUGAAGGAAUUUAGGUUAAAGUUUGACGACAAGAGGGUGACUGCUUCUUUCUAUGACAGUCUUACCGAUCGGGAAUGGAAACGUUUUAUCCUCAUUGGCAUGGAAUUUGACGAGAUGAGAAUCAACUAUACUCUUGACUUUAUUGAUAACGAUACACAGACAGCCCUUGGAGAUGAAAUGGCAAUUGAAGAAAUGCGAAAGGUGUCUCUCCUGAGCUACAAAAAAUAUAAAGAAGGCCAUGAACAAAUUUGGGGAACGAGGUACUCUGGUCUCAAGGAAUCGCUCGGUAUAGUGGGUGGGCACUCGCUGGCGCCCGAACUCGAUUGA